AUGGUCUCGCAAGGGCCACAGGCAAAUCCAAACAACCCCUCCGGCGCCGAUAAUAACCCCGGGUAUGAAACUGACCAGUCUCUUGCUGCUCAGAAACGGGCCGCAGUCGCAGAGUCCUCAGGCUCAGAUCAUGGCCGCCCCGAUGAGGAUGCUUCAGAGUCUGCGGAAGGAUCAACAGCGCCUCAAGGGAAAUCUAAGCCCAAAAAGAAGAAACAACGCCAGUUUUGA